GGCCUUGUCCAAGGCCCUAUAGAGGCACUGGGUUGCAGAGAGAUGCAGCAGCUCCCUGCAGGGCAAGCGCCUGGCUGGGGAACCAUGUCCAAUAACAUGGCCAAGAUCGCUGAGGCCCGCAAGACGGUGGAGCAGCUCAAGCUGGAGGUGAACAUCGACCGCAUGAAGGUGUCAAAGGCGGCGGCGGAUUUGCUGGCCUACUGUGAGGCGCACGCCAAAGAGGACCCACUGGUGACCCCGGUGCCCUCCUCGGAGAACCCCUUCCGUGAAAAGCGGCUCUUCUGCAUCGUGCUGUGAGCCCUGCGGCCAGCGACUCAGCGCCCCUGCCCCCCCCCCGGGUGCCGCUUCAGAGCAGCACCGCUAGCUUUAGUGUAGGGGAGCGGAGAGUGGGUCAGAGACCGGCAGGGGGAGACACUGGGGCUGCACACCUUGACUGACCUGGGGACUCUGCUUCACCUUUCCUCCUCUCCCCGCCCCCCCGCACUUAACAUGAUCUCUGUGGAUUCACCCUUGGCUGCUGUUUUCAAGGUCAAUAAACAUACUGCUGAGUUUCCCUCCCUCUGCCCCUGCCUGUUCAUUGCGUCCCCAGCCCCUGUCCCCACACCCCCAGCUCCUAUCCCUCCCACUGCCCCGUGGUCACUGAGCCCCCAGGUCCCAUCCCCCCUGCUGCUGCUACCUGGUCACUCAGCCCCCAGGUUCUGUCCCCCCCCCGAGUCCACUCCUAGGGUUCAUCUGCCCCCACCCAGUCACAGGGCCCCCAAGCCCUGAAUCCCCAGGUCCUGUCUCCCCACCCCCGCUGUCCCCAUCCAGUCACGAAGCCCCGAGGGCCCGUCUCCCAGGGGGAUGGGGGAUGCCUAGAGUGGCUGACAGAUAUUCAGGGACUCAGUCCCCUCCUAUGUAGCAGGCUCUGUGGCACCGUGGCCCUCAGUGGGGGGAGAUGAGGCUGUGUCCCCAUUGCCCAGGCCCCCACGGAGGUGUUUGCUCCCCGCCGGGCAAGCGAGUGCUGUGGCUGUGAGGCC